GCGCCGCCUGCGCGUCGAGGAAGGGGCCUGCGACACGCGGCCCAGUAAGCGUCCGGCCGCGGCGCGGGCCUAAGCCAUGGCUGAGACUAGCCGGAUGCUUCAGGCCCGGGCGCUCCUGCAGCAGUGCCUGCACGCCCGGCUGCAAAUUCGCCCAGCCGAAGGGGACGCCGCGGCCCAGUGGGUAGAGGUCCAAAGAGGAUUGGUGAUCUACGUGUGCUUUUUCAAGGGAGCUGAUAAAGAAAUUCUUCCCAAAAUGGUUAAUACACUGUUAAAUGUGAAAUUAAGUGAGACAGAAAAUGGAAAGCAUGUCUCUAUAUUGGAUCUACGCAACAUUCUUAUUAUCCCUCAAGCUACCCUUGGGAAGACUAAAAGAAGAAACAUGCAAUAUCACUCUAACUCUGGAAAAGAAGAGAAGGGUUGAACUUUACUCUCAAUUUGUGACGCAUGUGAAAAAGAAGUAGCUGCUAAUAGCAAGUGUGCUGAAGCUGGGGUUGUAGUGGAACAUGGCACUUACGGGAAGCAGGUGUUAAAGCUGGACACCAACGGACCAUUCACACACUUAAUUGAGUUUUGAAAAUGAAAAACUAGUUUCUA